GGUUAGCUGCUGGCCCGAGAGUGUGUACACGUCCUCUCUUGCUAGAAGUAUGGGCCAGAGCAGUGGUGGAAAGCCCAAUGGAGCGGUACGUUCUGUGGGUGGGCCGAGCCCGACGAGAGGCGCUCCAGCCGUAUCUGACAACCUGCCUCCGAAAGAAUUGGAAGAGUUGGUCGAGCAAGUUUUUCAAAAAGGUACCGAUGGUCAAAACGACGCAUCGGCUCAGGAAUGGUAUGCAAGCUUACAACCAGGAGAGCGUAUCACUUUGGAUCAAGGUGUAGAGGCGAUUCUCCGGGCGGGAUUAGCACUGGCCGCAAAACGAUCAUUCAACACAGUGCUCCGUCAAAGGAUGGAAAAUCAACGGCAGGCGUCGGCACGAAUACGACCCCAGCAGCACUUGUGCGCAAAUGGGCAUAGCGAUUCGAGAUUGAACACGAUUAAGCUGUCACCAGAGCGACGGAGACGUCUGAGUCAGGACGAGGGCCCUCAUCGUUCAAAGAGUGCUACUGAGCAACGCGGACACUAUGUGCAUGGACAACCUGACUAUCGCGGAAGCAAUUACGACUCCCACUAUAGAGGAAUGCAAACUAGGCAAUAUAGCGGUGGAUAUGAGGAUUCCUAUUACACCGGAGCGUACAAGGACGAGAGAUCCAGUCGCUACGAUGAUCAUCGCGAGAGGAGCCGCAGCAAUCGAGACGACAUGAGCCAUUCGAAAUCGUAUCGGCGUCGGUCCCGCUCUCAUUCAUCCCGAAGGGAUCGCGAUCGUAGGAUGAACGACGAUCAUCUGAGAAACCCCCGGCCAGAUCUUGGUUACAACAGGAGUCCUAGUCGAACAGCGCAGAGAACGCAUCGUGCGCGAAGACGGUCGGCGAGCAGAGAAGAGUCGAGAUCGAGCCUGACACUUGACGUCGGACGAGACCGCAGCCGGUCCCACGGCCGCGGAUCUCGACGAUCGAAUGGUGGCGAGGGAACCUACGAAGCUGACAGAUAUCAGCGGAAGGCGCAGCUAGACGUUGCUGCGGCUGAAGAGACGAGCCAAGCCGGUGCGUCUCUUUCUCGCCAAACGUCUCGCAAAGCAAGUCGCACGUCUGACCGGAAACGACAUUACCGAUCGAGGAGAAGCCAUAGUCGCAGCAACAGCGAGGAAGACGAGCGACACCAUCGCCGACGCAGAAAUCACCGACAUCAAAGUUCGAGCACCAGCGCAUCUCGAGGUUCUUCAUUGUCGUCGCACCGCCGGAGUAGAAGGCAUUCUCCCGAUCGCCAUAAAUCGCGAAAGCGGCAUCACAGAUCUCCCAGUCCCAACGAUCGCGAUAGUCAGUCGGACAGGCGUCGGCGGUCAAGCCGCCAUUCGUCUCGAAAGAAGCACCGUCGUGAAAAAGAAAAAAAGCGCGAAGGAGAGAAAAGGCAAUUCUCUAUUGGAGCUAAGGAGGGGCAAAUGCCACCUCCUGCAUCGCCAUAAGUUCUAGGCAAUAACAAAAGUGUAGGGCAUCGCUAGCAAGCGAAACUUGUCGGUCAAUCAGACAAUUUCACCUCUAAUA